CACGGAGGAGUCGCUGCCAAGUGAGGCGCGGGCGGAGCGGCGCUCAUCAUGGGUGGCUUUUUCUCAAGUAUUUUUUCCAGCCUCUUUGGAACCCGGGAAAUGAGGAUUUUAAUUUUGGGAUUGGAUGGUGCAGGAAAGACCACGAUUUUGUACAGAUUGCAGGUCGGAGAAGUUGUUACGACUAUUCCUACCAUCGGCUUUAAUGUGGAGACCGUGACGUACAAAAACCUGAAAUUUCAAGUGUGGGAUUUGGGGGGUCAGACGAGUAUCAGGCCGUACUGGAGAUGUUACUACUCGAACACAGAUGCGGUCAUCUAUGUGGUGGACAGCUGUGACCGGGACCGCAUUGGCAUCUCCAAGUCCGAGCUGGUGGCCAUGCUGGAGGAGGAGGAGCUGAGGAAGGCCAUCCUGGUAGUGUUUGCCAACAAGCAGGACAUGGAGCAGGCCAUGACCCCCUCGGAGAUGGCCAAUGCCCUCGGCCUGCCCGCCCUCAAGGACCGCAAAUGGCAGAUAUUCAAGACGUCGGCCACCAAAGGCACUGGCCUGGACGAAGCCAUGGAGUGGUUAGUGGAGACGCUGAAGAGCAGACAAUAACCACAGUCGUGGCUGUGGAGCGCGGCUGCGUCCCUCAUCCCUUGAGACUGCGCUAGGACUUGUGAUGGAGGCAGGUGCCGACUGACGCAGCGCAGUAAUAAAGAGCGGAAUGAGUGUCUGGUUGCAGGGACCCUUGAUUGAAUCCAUGACUGUUGUGUCGCAUAGAUCCUCUCCCCGCCCCCUCACGUGAAGGUGCGUGUUCUGUUGGUGCAGGGCUCCUGGACCCACUGCAUUGGA